AUUGAAACCCUGCUGGUGACCUUGGCUCAUUUCAUCUCUGCCACACUUCUCAGAAGCACAGAGCUUUAGCUCUGCCAAAAUGAAAUGCCCAUUCCAACCCCUCAUCAUUUCUCUCAUCCUAACGUCUAUAUGUGGGAGCAACAGCCUGGCUGGUCAGCUUGAGAAAGGAGGGGAAGAUUCUAUAUCCGCAGACCCCCAAUGGGGGCAGUUAAAUAGCAAAAACCUGAGCAUGCCCCUUCUCCCUGCUGACUUCCACAAGGAAAAUACGGUCACCAACGACUGGAUCCCAGAGGGGGAGGAGGACGAGGACUAUCUGGACCUGGAGAAGAUAUUCAGUGAAGAUGAUGACUAUAUUGACAUCAUCGAUGCGGUUUCGCCAACCGAUUCAGAGGCUGGCGAAGGGAACAUCCUCCAGCUCUUCCAAGGCAAGAGCCGAAUCCAGCGUCUCAACAUCCUCAAUGCAAAGUUCGCUUUCAACCUUUACAGAGCACUGAAGGAGCAGGUGCGUCCUUCCGACAACAUCUUUAUAGCCCCAGUGGGCAUUUCCACCGCCAUGGGUAUGAUUUCCUUUGGCCUGCAGGGGGAGACCUAUGAACAAGUGCACUCGAUUUUGCAUUUUAAAGACUUUGUCAAUGCCAGCAGCAAGUAUGAGAUCAUGACCAUUCACAAUCUCUUCCGUAAGCUGACUCAUCGCCUCUUCAGGAGGAAUUUUGGGUACACACUGAGGUCGGUCAAUGAUCUUUAUGUCCAGAAGCAAUUUCCAAUCCUGGAUGACUUCAAAAGGAAAGUAAAAGAGUACUACUUUGCGGAGGCCCAGGAGGCUAACUUCUCAGACCCUGCCUUCAUAUCGAAAACCAAUAACCACAUUCUGAAGCUCACCAAGGGUCUCAUAAAAGACGCUCUGGAGAAUAUAGACCCAGCUACUCAGAUAAUGAUUCUAAACUGCAUCUACUUUAAAGGAUCCUGGGUGAAUAAAUUCCCAGUAGAAAUGACACACAACCACAACUUCCGACUCAAUGAACGAGAAGUAGUCAAAGUUUCCAUGAUGCAGACCAAGGGGAACUUUCUGGCUGCAAAUGACCAGGAGCUGGACUGUGAUGUCCUGCGGCUGGAGUAUGUGGGGGGCAUCAGCAUGCUAAUUGUGGUCCCUCACAAGCUGUCUGGGAUGAAGACCCUUGAGACACAGCUGACACCACAGGUGGUGGAGAGAUGGCAGAAAAGCAUGACAAACAGAACUCGAGAGGUGCUUCUGCCUAAAUUCAAGCUGGAGAAGAACUACAACCUGGUGGAGGCCCUGAAGUCAAUGGGGGUCACAGCGCUGUUUGACAAAGACAGCAAUAUGGCAGGAAUCUCAGACCACAGGAUCACCAUCGAUCUGUUCAAGCACCAAGGUACCAUCAUGGUGAAUGAAGAGGGCACCCAAGCUGCCGCCGUGACCACUGUGGGGUUCAUGCCACUGUCUACCCAAGUCCGUUUCACUGUCGACCGCCCCUUUCUGUUCCUCAUCUAUGAGCACCGCACCAGCUGCCUACUCUUCAUGGGGAGAGUAGCCAACCCCACCAUGUCCUAA